AUGCGGAUGAGACAAGUUCAGGGUGAUGGGAACGAGCUUGUGGGGCCUUCUCUACCGCGUCACGAGCCCGAUUCCAGCCCUAAGUGCAGCGCGAAGCACAGGUCGAAAACGCUGCUCAAUCGUGUGGAAGCCCCAGAAGAAGACGACUGCCCUGGAGAGGAAGUCAGCAGUCCUUUGCAGCCCCCCCCGAUGGCAAAGCAGUGGCAGAAGCCGCCGCACGUGCUCAGAAAGCUCAGGGAAAGUGCCAAGAUGCUGGAGGAAGAACCAGCAUGUGUUCGCCUGAUGGGGCCCCUGGGUCGAGAUGCUGAGGGUGAGGCCGAAGCUAGUGACUCCCUGGACGAAGAAAAGAAGGGAGUACAAGAAGGGCAAACGGGUGCGCGAGCUGUUGCUUCGAACUGUGGCAGGACAGGCGGGGUGAAGAGCACUAAUUUCGAGAGACCAGCUCGAAGCCGUGGAAGCCUGGCAACGUCCUGCAGCGGGAUGCCUGGGCUGGAACGGCUGGACUGGCUUGCAUCCGUUGCGACAGAGUGCAGAUCCCCAUCGGACCAGCCAAAUCAUGAUGCCGGAAAGAUUCUGCGCAAGCCAAGGACCCCGGUCUCCUUCCAAACGUGCAAGGCCUCGACGCUUUCUACCUCCCAGACCUUGGAUUCCAUCCAAGAAGACUUUCCUAAAGUCGCCAGAGGAGAGCAAGAAGCCACCAGCCCGCGCAGGAAAGCUCUGCCCCUGAAGAAGCGUCCUCACAAAGAAUCGAGCUCAGGCCUGGCAGCAGAGAUCUUCAGUCCACGCCCCGUCAAGUCGCCUCUGCAGUCACUCAACGCAUGUGAGGGGAACAAGCAGAGGUCUCUCGAGCAGGAGACACCUUGUGCUGCUGCGGAGAAGAAGCGGAAGUUGGACACAGACAGCGUCACGCAGGUCAAGUCCCCACGUGGUCUGCUGAGGUCACCAAAGGGUCGGUUCGUCUCAAAGAAAGAAACCGUGAACCCUGAGGAAGGGGAGCGCGACGAUAAGAGCGAGCUUCAGAAAGUGAAGAGGGCUGCUGAGCUGGCACUGCGCGUGCCGCCUGAGCCAAAGAAGCCGAAGCUCGAAGUGGAAGGGGUCGCCGUCAAGAAGAGGGGGAGGCCGCCAAAGCACGCCCGCGAGGGCACAAAAAACAAGGAGAAGCGAGAAGGCAAGAGGGACAAGAAGGCCAAGCGAAGCGCCGGAAAUGUGAAGGUGUCCAAGAAGAAGCAGGCGGUGCGGGUCCUUGUGAAAGGAAAGGGGAAGGCAGACGAGAAGAAGAAGAGCCACAAGAAGAAGCCGACGGGAGGAGGGCCAAAGGAGAAGGGAACGUCGGGCAAGAGAAAGGCGAAAGUGCAAGAGAAGGCUGAGAAGAAGGAGGGUACGAAGGGACUGAAGCUGAAGAAGGGCAAUAAGCUGGAGGAGAAGAAGCGAGCUGGGGCGUUCAAGGUGGCCCCAAAGACCAGCAAGGCAGCAGCAACUCCUGACAGCAGCCCCAUCGCAUCUCAGAGCGCGACUCUGGAAGCAUGCCUGGGCGACAAGAGAGUUCAUCCUUCCGGGGGCAAAGAGACUCGCAUCCAGAAGUUCGCGCGCUACAUCUUGAACUACAUCGGCCGGGAGCGGACGCCUGAGAGCGUGAUCCGCAAGGAGAUGGGGAACACGCCCGACACCAGCAAAGCGCUCAGAAUGCUGGUCAGCGACAAGAAAGUCAACAGACGUGGCACUGGGGGCCGCCCUGAUCCAUUUAUCUACAAGAUUACGAAGAAGGGCCUGACGCACCUGGAAGCUGUGCACGCGGCAUUUGGAUCGAUGCCCACCCAGACGUACCAUCCUUCUGCAGCUGCAACCCCGAGACCCCCACCGGCCGCUGACGUUCCAGAGACGCCAACAGGAGCUGCUCACCAUGCCCCCAGGCUCGUCUCUCCAGGGAGCCAAGAACCGUAG